AUGGCCAAGGUUAGAGCUCUUUUCAAUCCAAACAUGGUGGAGGCUAUACUUAGAUUGCAUCCAAGUCAUACUGGUGCUGCUGAUCAUUGGCUGUGGGAACAUGAGAAGUCAGGUUCUUUUUCUAUCAAAAGUGCUUACAGUUUCUUUAAAACUAUCUUGGAAUCAGAACAUGGGGAAUCCUCUAAUGGGGCCGUGAUGAAAAAAUUCUGGACUGCUCUAUGGAAGUUACAAGUUCCUCAUAAAGUUAAGGUUUUUGCAUGGAGGGCGUGUAAGGAUUGUUUACCAACAAAGGCAAACCUGAUCAAAAGAAAACUAGACAUUGAAGGCAAAUGUUGUUUUUGUCAACAUCCAUUAGAGGAUUUGAGGCAUGUGCUGAUAUUAUGCCCUUCCACCUAUGGUUUUUUAAGGAGUAGGUUUGCUGUUCUCCAAAUCAGCUCUUUUCUCACUACUGCAAUGGAUAUUUUAUUCAAGGGCAAUUUUAAGGAUCUGUCGGAUUUCUUCUUGAUGGUUUGGGCUUUUUGGUUCAGAAGGAACAAGAUGGUUCAUGAACAGAUUGCUUUACCACCUCAGCAGGUUAUUGGAUUUGCUUUUACAAAGAAAUUGCAUAGUGUUGUGGUUAGACAGCAGUUGGGGAACCAUAUUUCUAAAAACAUGGUGUACAUAUGGUCACCCCCUCCAGAAGACUCUCUUAAGCUAAACAUUGAUGGGGCUCUCUUUUUAUUUAAACAAAGCUGGUAUGGGCACGGUUUUGAGGAACCAUAUGGGUGA